AUGUCAAUGAAGCUCACAACCCACAAUACGUUCACGGCGAACGAGAAGUCUGAUGAUCUGGGAGAGCUAGGAGAUAUGCCGUCAUCUAAUUCCAUAACAACUUGUUCAGAAUCUGACCCUCCUGAUGGCGGGUUUGGGGCAUGGGCCACUGCUCUCGGGUGCUUCCUCAUGCAUUUUUGUGGUUUCGGAUACAUAUCGUCUUUUGGAGUCUAUCAAGAUUAUUACACACGAAUUUAUCUGACCAACCAACCACCGUCUGCAAUAUCAUGGAUCGGUGCAUUGACCCCGUUCCUUGCUGUCAGUGUUGCGUUGAUCUCGGGUCCGCUGUACGACCGAGGGUGGUUCCAUCGGUUGAUGAUUGUGGGGUCGCUACUCCAAUCACUGUCCUUGUUCGCUUUAUCCUUCACAAAGCCUGGUCAAUUUUACUUGGUGAGCAGUCCGAUCAAUCUCGUCGUCGAUGGGCUACCUAUGUGUUGCGACCAGCCUUUGAUGGUUCAGGGUGUCCUUUCUGGGUUUGGGAUAGGCCUGACAUACGCUCCCAGUAUCGCGGUCGUCUCUCAGCACUUCUCCAAAAAACGCACAUUGGUCAUGUCUCUCACCACCUCCGGUGCACCACUUGGUGCCAUGAUUCAUCCGAUCAUGCUCAAUCACCUUUUCAAUGGUACCGUGGGCUUUGCCAGAGGCGUCCGCGCCAGCGCGGGCUUUGUCAGUGCCCUGUUAUUUGUCGCCUGCUUAUCCAUGCGCACAAGAGCACUUCCAGCACCAACUACCAGCUAUAGUGCGGUGGCACGAAAGUGCUCUCGCGAAGUUCUCUUCAUUCUCAUGACCGUUGGGUCAUUGCUAUUUCAGAUCGGGUUUUUCUUCCCUGUGUUUUACUUGCAACUGGACUCUGUCAAACAUGAUAUUGACAUCAAUUUCUCGUUCUACUCCCUUGUUAUUAUGAACGCAGCCUGUUUUAUCGGACGCUGUACGGCAGGAAUGAUUGCGCCGUAUACGGGGGUGUUGAAUUUCACGAUCGUAUCCACUGUCGCAUGCAGUGUCCUCGUCAUAUCUAUGAUAUCUCUAAGUGACAUAGCCAGUGUGGUUGUGUUAGGACUUGGGUAUGGCUACUUUUCCGGAGUUUAUAUUGCCCUGUUGGCGCCAUUGGUGACUGUGUUCACGCCUGACUUAUCUGAGCUAGGAGCGCGAAUGGGCAUAUGUUUUGCUGUCAUUUCCUUUAGCGGAUUGAUCAGCGGCCCAAUAUCAGGAGCUUUGCUUACAUCUCAAUAUAGAUGGUGGAUAGCGUCGCUCUUCAGUGGGCUCAUCGCUAUUGUCGGAAGUUCGAUGUUUGUGAUGAUGCGCUUGAUAAUAUACCGCCGAGAAAUAAACGGAAGACAAGCAUAGCUGGCGGGGACACGCGAACCACUUGUUUAGAGGGGUUGUGUAUAAUCUCAUGCUGGAUUAGAUGGGACUUGACGCAAAUAGAUAUGUACGUGUAUUCAACGCGUGUGCAGGCGGUGACCAACUCCCGACUUCAAAUUGAGUAACAACGAAUCACUUCGAGUCUCUGAUUUUCAGAUACCUCCAUGGCGAUAAAAUUAUGGACAGCCUACCUGCUCUAGUUUCACACAUGCCAAGAAGCAAGACGACAAUUAAUCCUUUAAAGUCCACGCCUG